UGAAAAAGAUCUGUUGACACUUUUUUCUUAAGAAACUCUUUGUCAUGAAGAUUCAUCUCUUUUUCUUUUUUCUGCUCUUUUGGGUCACAAUUUUAUCAGCCAAAAAGAGAUAUCCUGAGUAUGGUAGCUUGGAUUUGAGGAGAGAGUGCAGAAAGGGUAAUGGUCGAUGUAAAAAUGAGUGCCAAGAAUAUGAAGUUAGGAUUGCUUACUGCAUAAGACCCGGAACUCAUUGCUGCUUGCAGAUCUAAGGAUGACAGAAGAAGAGAGAGACAUGCUCCAAGAAGAGAGGACAAAUGUUACUAAGUCUUUCCAGCACAUCUUUCAAGGCUUGUGUGUCCAUAAUACACAAAAAAUUAAAUAAAAUUUAAUAUUGAACCAUUCA